AUGUUUAACAACUACAAAUUGAAUUUAAAAGAAAAUGAGCAUUUUGAUCAAUUCAAAGAUAAACUUGAAGAUAGUUUAAAAGAAGAAUUCUUUCUCCUAAUUGAUGAAAUUGAAUCAUAAUUAAAUCUACAUGUUUAUGAAUAAGAAAAGUUGUUAGAUUAGAUAAAUAAUUUGUAAUUACAAACACAAAAUAAAUUAGAUUAAGAAUUGGCCAACAACUUUGAAUAUCAAAAAUAGAUUAGUUAGUUGAAUGAAUAAUUGUAGCAACAAAAUACUCAAAUUUCAUUUCUAAAUAAAUCAAUGAAAAAUGUCUAUAUUGAACAAUUAGAUUUGUUUUCACCAAUCAAAGCACCUUCUCUCUCUCCUUAAAUUACAAGAACUUAAUCCAUUAAUAAACAAGUUAAAAGAAAAUUAUUAAUGACAGAUAAAGAAAAUGAUAAUCAUGUUAAUUGUUACAGUAGCAUAAAAAAAAUAAGAUAGAAUGAAUAUUUUCUUGACGAAUAAGAAUUUCUGGUUUAUUUUAAGGAACAAUGUAUGAAAGAGUUUCUAGAUAAAUAGAUUGAAAGAGAAUAAGAAUUAUUUAGUUUAUGGUAGAAAAUGUAAAAUUAAAGUUUAGAGAAAUGUCAAUUAUUGCAAUAAACUAUUGAUUUUGUUUGUUCUUAAAUGGAUGCCUAUAAAUAACAAUAUCAUUCAGAUAUCAAAAUCUAUACUGACGCACUCUAACAAUUGGAAAUGAGAGUAUCAAAAUACUAGAUUGCCUUUCAACAUAUUCUUUAAAAUAAUCUCACUUAAAUUGACCUUCAUAAUAUUAUUCAAUUAGCUAAAACUUUAAAUUCAGAAUUUAAUAAUGUAAAUGAUUUGGAUAAAUUAAUUGAUCUCCUUAUGGAAUUUAAUUAGACAAGCCAGAAAUUCAAUAUGAGCCUUCAAAACAAUUAAAAUAUCAAAAUUUAGAAUUUGCAAAAAAAGAUUCAAGAAUUAGAAUAAUAGUAGAAAGAAUACAGUGAUAUCAAAGAACAAAGAUAAGAAUUAUUGGAAUUGAGUCAAUAGAUGAAUAACAAAAUCAUACAAUAGUCGAAUUAGAUUGAAGAAAUGAAUCAGUAGAUAGCAUCUCUAACCUAAUUAUUUGCUAAAGCCUUAUAAGAUUUAGAAAGAAUUCAAGAAGAGAAUGAAACACUAAGGAAAUCUUAUAAUUGUAAUACUAACUUUAGUAAUACUAUUACAACAAGAACGUAGGAAGGAAGUGUGAGUUUAAAGAAUCACUUUAUAGCUAAUAGAUAUUCUACAUAUAUUCCUAGAGAAAGUUUUAGUUGCAAAAAUUCUUAUAGAAUUGAUUAAAGAUAAACCAAUUUCAGUUCGGACUUUAAAAAAUCACAACCUAAUUAUGAGCUUGAUGACAUUUGCUGUUUACUGGAUUAAUUGCUAAAUCAAGGUUAUACAAGUAACACACUUGAUUUCAUUAACAACUUUCAAUGUUAAAGCGGUAAUUUCAAAAUUCAGAUGCUAUGGCAAAAACUGAAAGAUUUCAUAGUAAUAGCUUACUAUUCUUAGAAUUAAUAAGAUGACAUUUUUACAUCAUUAAACAAAUUUAUAACUGAUCUCAAAUUGCCAAUUAACCAAUUUGAAUUUAUCAAUGAGGAUGGGUUAUAGCACACCGCAAACAAACUGGAAUCUAAUUCAAUUCUAUUAUGUUAGUUGUUACAUAGAUUGGCAUCUGAUAUUCAUGAUAUGAAGUUGUCAUAAUCUUAUAUUGUUGAACCAAACAUCAAGUAAGAAUCUCAGAAGGAUUAUUCCUAAUGCAUCAUGCAAGAAUUAACUAAUUUAUCGAAACAAUUAAUACAUAUUUGUCAAGAAAACGAUGACAUUAUUGUCUUACAAAUUGAAAGGUAGAUAGAAAUAUAAGAAUAAUUAAAAUUAUAAAGAAAUAAAUAAUUAAGAGACAUUUAAACUAGUACUUGUAAAAUAUUAAUGGAAUUGUUUAAGGAAUGGAAAUAAAAUUAUCUUAAUAUUUCAUAGAUCUUGUUAAUCUUAUGCAAAGGUUGGCAAUAAUUAUAAUAAUAAAAAUAAGAUCGAGUUUUAGAUGGAAUUAUAAAAAAUGUACAUGAUGAAAUAAAAUAAUUAUAACAAUCCAAUUUAGGAUAAAUUAUUAGUUAAGAAUUGAAAGCAUUUUCAUUUAUAUAUAAAUCAUGA